AUGUAUCCUCCGAUACUAGUGUUAGUGUUAGCGUUAGUGUCCAUUUCCCGGCAGACUUCAGCGCUGGAGCUGCAGGAAGAUGAGUCCCGGGAAGGUGUUGAUGGUUAUUCUAGUCCCUACGGAGGCCCGUUGGCCGCCACCGGCAUGCUGUUUGCGUACGGCAGCACAGGCGCGAUGCUGGACGAAUCCGCCACCGUGUCUGGCGACUCGUUGACAGGCGUUGCAGCUUCCUCCGAGGUGCUUCCUGCGAGUGGUGCGUUGGAUGUUGUCAACUACUCGCGUCAAAACGCCCCAGAUGCUCACCAUGCUUCAAUGGCGGCACGAGAUCACGUAGAUCUAACGCCUUUCGGUAGCGACGAGCUCGAGGAUCGAGCCAACUAUGGCGACAUCUUCAACAGUUCGGAGUUGACUGGUACCGACGAGCAGUACGUGACGACGAGCAGUAGCUCCGCCAUGGACUACGGUGCCAGUUCCGUUUCGUCAGGCGAAAGGAACGAUAGUGCCGAACAGCAACCAAUCGGUGAGGAUCACGAGGCACGAGCAAGUGUUCCACUGGCGUUCGUCAGUGAGCGAGAAGAACACCCAGACGAACCCUCAGAUGGACGAACGCACCACCGGGGCCUUCAUCAUGCACGCGAAGAGCCUGUCCUUAGCAGCAGAGCACUAGAACAUCAUCAUCUGCAUCAGGAUCUACCCUCUGACUCCACGAAUCACCUGUACAAUGGAGCUGACACCGUGGCAGUGGGAGGUAACGACAGUUCGGAACACUUUACACCGGCUGACGGUGAUAACAACGUGGAAGACACCCAAGACGAUGACGUCCUGUUGUUGGCUACGACGACCACCAUGCCACCGGCUCUAUUGGCCGGCACGGGCCCAGAUCAGGAAGGCAGUGUAGAGCAUCCAGGUGUUGGUGGGAAUCCACUGCGACCUACGAAACCAGUCCCUUCACACGUGGGAGCUAGUGGCUUCGACGAAAGUAAACUCUCGAAACCGGAGCUUUUGGCACAGCUGAUCUCGGACAAGAACCUCCGCAUGCCAAUCGCCUUCCUCGUUGACACGUCCAACGAUUCGCUUGCGUUUACGAAGAAAGUACUGGAGGCGUCUCUUGUACCGAAGUCACCACUCGACGCUAUCCUGAUGCGCUACAACGGCACCGGAAUCUCCAAAUCGAUCACCUUCCGUAACACGAAAAGCCUGAUGGAGGCGAUCAACCUGCUGCAGCCAAGCUACGAUAGGGGUGGCAGCGAAUACUACAGUAUACUUAGAACCUCCCAAGAGAUCCCUUACGACAGUGCCAUAUUUUUGGCCACUAGCAGAGCUUCCACGGAUGCACAGCUUUCGCGCAUGACGGCGCUUACCUUGCUCAAAAAACGAAUUCGGCUCUACGUGAUUUGGUUCGGCGAGGAAAUUAUGGACACCAAGCAGCAGUUGGACCAGCCAGCAACCAAUCAAACCGCCCUGCACGACCUAGCGCACAAAACCGGAGGCCGCGUGAUACACUUCGAGAUCGACCGAUACUUUGGCAGCAAUCCGGUGCUGACGACGCUGCUCUCGGAGCACGAUCUACACGGAACGCAAUCCAUCCCGGUCAGCAUUGGCGAGGACGUUAACAGCUUGUACUUUAAGCUGCACGGGCACGUCGAUCAAGCCACCCUGGAGACACCAAACGGUUCCGUUAUCGACUUGCUGGAUGUCGCAGGGGACCACUUUAACAGUCGGACAAAAAUGCAACGGAACGGAACCCUCGCCGGUCCGUUGCUGCUGUUCCAGCUGAAUCAAACGCAACCGGGAUAUUAUCGAUUGAACGUGUCCCCAUCGGAUGCCGUGAUGGGUUCGUACAACGUGACGAUCAAAUCUGCACAACACUAUUGGCAGGGAUUCGAUAUUCAUGAUGUUAGUCCCGACCCAGCUGCGGACCCAGAGCGCUGGGAGGCUAAUGCUGUCGAAUUACUGAACAAUAAUCUCGGGGGCGAAACCCAUUCCCAGCAUAACAUGGGUGGAAGUUCCAAACUUCCGCGAUCCGAUGGCGAAGAGCACAGGUUUGCCCGCCAAACUGAGCUAACGGACGAAGACAGUGGCAUCAUCACCGGGCGUGCCUCGAUCCAGGCCAUCACCAAGGUGGACGUUGGAGUAAACUCGCAGCUGAUUGGAGCACGUGGCCAAACGCUGCAGCUGUACUUCGAGGUCACCAAUUACCGCCAGGUUCCGAUUACAUACUUCUUCCGAGUGACGGACGAGCUGGCCUUCUUACGGACACUAAAUCCAGGACAGGCCACACUCAACCCAGGGCAAUCGAUCAAUGUAAUCGUCGGGUUAAUCGUGACUACAACGGCGGAAAUCGGAAGCCGCGACAAAGUAACCUUCUCCACCAAAGGCGUGGACGAAGUGUCCCAGGCAGCCUGGGUUACCGUAUCCGAUUCCGCCGGACUGGCCGACACUACACGCCCCUCCCUCUGGUACACCUACUCGAGCCGCUGUGAAGGCCGCUCAACGCCGGCCACCUGCACCGGGGCCUUUUGGACGCUCGAAGUAAUGGCACGUGAUUAUGAAACCGGGCUGAUGCGUAUCUCCUCCAGCCCGGCGGGUCUGAUCUACAAAACACCCUUUACGGCUGGUACAAGAGAUGAGGUGCGGGCCAGCUACACCGCUUCAUGUUGCCAGCCUCGCGUUACCGUGACGGCGUACGAUGUGAGCCGGAACGUACGCAGUCUCAACCUGGAUGUGACGGACAUUUGGCUCAACGACGCGGGCAUCGCCGCUGUCGUGCUCGGUGUGCUACUGUUCAUCGCUCUGAUCAUACUGCUGGUACUGCUCGUGCGGUACUGCAUCCGGAAACGAAAGCAAUCCCAGGAACUACCCAUCUACAGAGGAGGCGAACCACACAGCACGCGGCGCACCAAGUGAACCCUUUGCCGGUUUAAUGCAUUGUUCUAAGACAUGCAUUUGUUGAAUAAGAUUUCAUCGUUAUUGGUCGUUUCCCUCGCUUUAGUUUGUAACGUUCAGUAAUAUGACAGACAGAAGUAAAGCUUCAAAUCGAUAGUGAAA